ACUAUCGACUACUAUUCAUAUCACUUCUGUCGGUGUGUCAAAAUAAAGAAUUUGCCUACGGCUCUAUUGACUUUAAUAUGAUCAGGUGUUCACGGUCAGUGAAGGAGAUGCAGACUAUUUAGAGCGCAGGGCUUGACACACUUGACCGGCUGGACAGUGCAGACUACUCAACUCUGCCUAUCUGAACACAGACGCAGAGCACGCUGACCGCUCCGGAGACCCGCACUUACGCGAAACAUAAAGUAGUUCAGAAUCUUUCGUCUUUGUAGAAUGUGUCUAGAAGUUGAGACGAGGACUUGAUGCAGUACUUAACAUCGCCACGAACAUUCAGACAGUCUGAAAAGGGGCUAGCUGUCAACUUUCUUUCGAUAGCCUGCCGCAUCUUUAAAGCGCAGUGACUUUGGGCUCCUUGAGUCCCUGCGCCGCUGACCCAGUACGCCUUAUUCGCGUCCAGGUUGGAUUUGUAAAUAGGGGGAUCGACAUUCAGAGAUGCGUCCACACAGCGGCAACUGAGAAAGAGUGAAGAACGAGAUCCCACCUGAACGAUGAAGUAAGCCUGUGAAGGAGUUACUUGCGCUGUCAGAGAGAGAACAAGCUGAAAGGGGUUUAUGCACUGAAAAGACCUCAGGAAACUCCACGAUGGCCGCCAAAAGGAAAGGUGGCCUGAAGCUCAAUGCUAUCUGCGCCAAGCUGAGCCGGCAAGUAGUGUACGAUGGCAGCUCGCAGACCGCCGAGCUGGACGCGAGUGUGGCGGACCACAGCGAGCGCGGCAGCUCCCACUACGAGGAGCCCGACGGCGACUUUGCGGAGGCCCUGAGCCUGGGCCCGGGCCUGGAGGAUGAACAGAAGCGGCGCGAGGCCAUCGAGAAGUGGGUGAACGGCGAGUACGCCGACGACCCGCCGUCUGUGGACACAGACGACACCAGGGGGCCCAAGGGCAGCAGCAGCGACGAGGGGCCCCCCGAGGGCGUGUACAUGGUACAGCCCAAAGGCUGCAGCGAUGAGGAGGACAACGGCCACGAGGUGGAGGCCAUGCCUGCCUCCCACGAUGGCAGUUUCCACGACGAUAGGGACUCGGAAGACAGUGCCCACAAAGAGACGGGCUACCCACCCUCCAGUGAGACCACCAACUGCCAAGCAUCCUUCUCUUCUCCAGGGGAGGCCUCAGCCCUGCGGGACUAUGCUGCCAGCACCAUGAAUGAGUUCUUGCACAUGUUCGGCUACGACGACCAGCAGGUGCGUGACGAGUUGGCCAAGAAGAUCAGCUUCGACAAAAUGAAAUCGGCUACCUCAGACCCCUCGUCCAUGAGCAGCGAGGAGGCCACGCGCCGCGCCCGCUUCUCCAAGUACGAGGAGUACAUCCGCAAGCUGAAGGCCGGCGAGGCGCUGGCGUGGCCCGCCCACGCCAAGUCCGACGAACUCGGCGCCAAGGCGCCCCAGGAGAAGAGCUCCGCCGUGCUGCAGGCGUCCUCCUGCCUCCCGGGCGCCGACGCUCCUGUGUUCCCCGUUUCCGCCGCCGCGGACCACAAGCAGGCCCAGUUGGCCGUCGCCCCUGGCAACGCCUCCCACAGCCUGGCAUCCCGCACUUCCAAAUACGACUUCUUUAUCCAGAAGCUAAAGAUGGGCGAGAGCCUGAGGCAGCAGAACGGUGGCGCCUACAAGAGACCGUCCAAGUACGACCUGGAGAACGUCAAGUACCUGCACCUCUUCAAACCCGGCGAGGGCAACCCCGACAUGGGCGGGGCCAUAGCCUUCAAGACGGGCAAAGUGGGCCGGCCGUCGAAGUACGACGUCCAAAACAACCAGAAGCUCACCCCCGGGAAGGGAAACUCCCCCAUAAUGCCGGGCGUCCUCUCCUCGUCCUCUUCGGGUGCCCCAGCCACGCCCGGGCUCCCCUCCACCGCCUCUGCUGGCCCUGUCGGCCCCUCGUGCCUACCGGGGGAGCAGGUGGGCCACCUGGGCUUCAACUCCGACUACAUGAAGUCCAGCUUCUCCAAGACAGACUCCAUUACCACUGGAACCGUCUCCUCAGUCAAGAAUGGACUGCCUCCGGAGAAACCAGUCACCGAGGACGUCAAUGUCUACCAGAAAUAUAUCGCCAGAAGCAGCCAAAAACACCUGAAGCCCUCUCCACCCCCCAAGCAUUUCACAACACCACCAACUUUUAAAAGGUUCUCUGGCAGCCAGCAUUGUGGACAUAUGCACUGUGCAUAUCAGUACAGGGAACAUUACCACUGCAUGGACCCCGAAUGCAACUACCAGAGAUUCACCAGUAAACAAGACGUGAUAAGGCACUACAACAUGCACAAGAAGAGGGACAACUCUCUCCAGCACGGCUUCAUGCGCUUCAGUCCCCUGGACGACUGCAGCGUCUACUACCAUGGCUGUCACCUCAACGGCAAGAGCACCCACUACCACUGCAUGCAGGUGGGCUGUAACAAGGUGUACACCAGCACCUCUGACGUCAUGACUCACGAGAACUUCCACAAGAAGAACGCACAGCUGAUCAACGACGGCUUCCAGAGGUUCCGCGCCACGGAGGACUGCGGCACCGUGAGCUGUCAGUUCUACGGGCAGAAGACCACACACUUCCACUGCAGGCGCCCGGGCUGCACUUUCACCUUCAAGAAUAAGUGUGACAUCGAGAAGCACAAAAGCUAUCACAUCAAGGACGACGCGUACGCCAAGGACGGCUUCAAGAAGUUCUACAAGUACGAGGAGUGCAAAUACGAGGGCUGUGUUUACAGCAAGGCCACCAACCACUUCCACUGCAUCCGUCAGGGCUGCGGCUUCACCUUCACCUCCACCAGCCAGAUGACGUCGCACAAGCGCAAGCACGAGCGACGCCACGUGCGCUCCUCCUCCGGUGUGCUGGGCCUCGCGUCCUCCUUCCUACUGCCCAAGGAGGAGCAGGAGGAGUCCAGCAACGACGACCUGGUGGACUUCUCUGCCAUCAGCAGCCGGAACUCCAGCCUGAGCGCUUCGCCCACCACGCAGCAACCCCCCACCACGCCCCACCUGCUGACCACGCCCGCCACCGCUGUCACCUCUGGUCAGAGCGUCAAGCCCACGCCCGCCCUCCCGCCGGCUGCCCGCAUGUCCACGUUGCUGUCCCAGGCCCUGCCCGGCAGCAUGCCUAUGGCCCUGGCCCUGUCCAGUAGCGCCCUGGGUGGAGCCUCCAACCCCUUCUUCCCUCUGUUGCCACGCCUGCCCUUGCAGCUGCCUGCAGCGGCCGCCGGGUUGGUCUCGGCCGCGGGAUCCGCCGCUCACUCCGCUACCAGGGACUCGCUGGCACCGAGCGCCGGCUCGGCCGGGGAGACGGCGCCGGCCACCGCCCCCUCCACGCCCGCGGCCUACGCCGCCUCCUCCAUCAUGGAGAAGAUCUCAGCCAGCAAGGGCCUGAUAUCGCCCAUGAUGGCCAGGUUGGCUGCUGCAGCCCUCAAUCCUGGGAGUCUCCCGGACACAGGAAAUGGGCAGCACACUCAGGCAGGCCGGUUUAAUCCAGUCCAAGUCAAACAGGAGCCAAUGGACACCACCUCUGGAACCUUGCAGGAGUCCAUGCAAGAACACAGCCUUGACCUGAGCAAGAAAGACCACAGUAAUGAAUCAAAUGGACACCCUGCACCGGGAAAUUCAUCUCUUUUAUCCUCACUUAUGAAUAAGAUGACUCAGGUGAAUCCAGGGUUCUUCGGUGCUCUGAGCCUGAAGUCGGAGAUGCCAGGGGGCCAGGCGCCUGACAGCACCGAGACCGCCCACUAUCUCAGCCGCCUAAUGAAGAGGCCUGUUCAAGAAAAAACCCCAGAACUGUGGAAGAGCUACCUGCGCAGAUACGACACCGAUGAAGUCUGCGAUGCCCAGUGUGACUUCCUGAACAAAGUGCACUUUCACUGUGUUGUGGAGGACUGUGGUGCUCUCUUCAGUACUGUGGACGGAGCCGUCAAACAUGCCAACUUCCACUUCAGAGCCAACCUGAAGGUUAAAUCGGAGACCUCGUUCGGCGAGGGCAAGGACUCCAACGAGGGUGGCCCCGAUCGGCUCGCUGCCCCCGGCUCCACCGUGGCCACCACGCCUCCCGUGGAGGUCCCCGGCGCGGCCAUGUCCGGGGGCUACGGCUCCUCCCCCUCUCUGCUGGCCUGGAAACAGCUGGCGGGCUCCAUCCCCCAUCUCCCCGCCUCAAUGCCCAACAUAGCUGCAACCUCUCCACUUGCCACCACCUCGCUGGAGAACGCCAAGCCUCAGGUCAAGCCGGGCUUCCUACAGUUCCAGGAGAAUGACCCUUGCCUGGCUACCGACUGCAAAUACUCCAACAAGUUCCACUUCCACUGUCUGUUUGGCAACUGCAAGUACGUGUGUAAGACGUCGGGGAAGGCCGAGUCCCACUGCCUCGACCACAUCAACCCCAACAACAGCCUGGUGAACGUGCGAGACCAGUUCUCGUACUACUCUCUACAGUGCCUGUGCCCCAAUCAGCACUGUGAGUUCAGGAUGCGAGGUCAUUACCACUGCCUGCGGCCCGGCUGCUUCUUCGUCACCAACAUCACCACCAAGCUGCCGUGGCACAUCAAGAAGCACGAGAAGGCAGAGAGGCGCGCCGCCAACGGCUUCAAGUACUUCACCAAGAGAGAGGAGUGUGGCCGACUGGGCUGCAAGUACAACCAGGUGAACAGCCACUUCCACUGCAUCCGUGAGGGCUGUCUCUUCUCCUUCCUGCUCAAGCACCAGAUGACCUCCCACGCUCGCAAACACAUGAGGAGGAUGCUGGGAAAGAACUUCGACCGAGUCCCGUCUCAGGUGGUUCCUCACGGCCACCAGGCAGACGACAUGCAGCACAUGACCAGCCUGGCCUCCACCGGCGCUAUGACCGGCCACCCGGGCCUGGGCCCCGGCUACCCCGGCAUGAUGGAUGACGCCGACGACUACAUGGACUACAUGGGAGUGGGAAGCCCCCUGGGCCUCUCCUCUGAAUCCUCCAACCAGGACCGCAGCUGCACUAGCACACCCGUGGGCAACGACAGCUCCCCUGCAGGAAUGGGCUGUCACAUCCCCACUCCUGCUGCUCCUACCUCCGCUGACACGCCUCCCACCUCUCAGUCUGCACCUCCUCCUCCGCCUCCUCCGCCUGCUCCACCGGCGCCCCAGGCGCCGCUCCAGUCCCAGCCUCCAUCUUUCCCUCCGGCUCUCCUACGGCCUCCCCUACCCUCGCUCCCGUACCUUCUCUCUCCAUCCUGUGUCUCAUACUCUCUGCUCAGCGCCUCUCUCGGAGCCACUCGGAGCGUUGUCAUGCCAACCAACACUCCAGCUUUCGGCUCCAUCAUUGCCACUCCGUCUCCGGUUAAAAAUGACGUCCCGAUAGUGCAGGACGCCGCAGGGAACACCAUCUCCAUCCCCGCGGCGACGGGCGCCAAGAAGCGUUUCUGGAUCAUCGAGGACAUGUCGCCGUUCGGCAAGCGGCGCAAGACGGCGUCGUCCCGCAAGAUGCUGGACGAGGGCAUGAUGUUGGACGGCUUCCGCCGCUACGACCUGUAUGAGGACUGCAAGGAUGCGGCGUGCCAGUUCUCGCUGAAGGUCACGCACUACCACUGCACGCGCGAGAACUGUGGCUACAAGUUCUGCGGGCGCACGCACAUGUACAAGCACGCGCAGCACCACGACCGCGUCGACAACCUGGUGCUGGACGACUUCAAGCGCUUCAAGUCGUCGCUGAGCUGCAACUUCGCCGACUGCCAGUUCUCGGGCAACAGCACGCACUUCCACUGCCUGCGCUGUGGCUUCCGCUGCACAGACAGCACCAAAGUGACGGCGCACCGCAAACACCACGGCAAGCAGGACGUGAUCAGCGCGGCGGGCUUCUGCCAGUUCAGCUCCAGCGCCGACUGCGAGGUGGUCGACUGCAAGUACAAGCUGAAGUGUUCACACUUCCACUGCACGUACCCCGAGUGCAAGCACACGGUGGUAGGCAUGUCACAGAUGGACUCGCACAAGCGCAAGCAUGAGAAGCAGGAGCGCGGCGAGCCCGCCGCCAUCUCGCCCGGCCGGGACGGCGGCACGGGCGGGCACGGUCACCACCAGCACCACCAGACGGGGCUGGCCCCGCCUCCCACCUCCGUGAGCCUGCGUUCGACCUCACCCGGCGCGCAGGGCCUGGGUCACAGCACCACGGCCACGUACCUCCCCCCGGGCACGGGACCCGGCGAGUACCCCGACCUGCCCCGCUCGGGCAUCAGCCUGGACGGCUCUCUGAACCUGGGCACAGACGCCGGCAGCUCACUGUUCUUCCUGAAAGGCGCCGCCGGCCUGGGUCUGGCCAAUUCCCUUGACCUGAGCAAAAAACUGCAGCGGGAACCCCUGUCCGCCAGCCCCGCCUCCAUGGCAGUCGCCGCCGCGGGCUUGGCCAACCUGCAAGACGACACCACCGGCACAUCGGGCGACCCCGAGGAUGACCUGUCCCCCGAGGAUGAACCCGCGCACGAGGAAGAGGAUGAGGACGAGGACGAGGACGAGCCCGAGGAGGACCUGAACACGGACUCCUAUGACGAUUCCACUGCGGAACCGGACGGGGAGAAAGACAAUGGAGAACAUUUCCACGCUUCCAUGAACCACACCGAGACUUCCCGACUGGAGAAAGAAGAGGCUGACCUGUGAUCCAAGCCGCACAGGCGGUCGAAGAAACAAUCCCUGUAAACUACGAACAAACGUGCGUGUGAGGGGCCUUGUUUAUCGUGCUCAGAGACACCGCAGAUGACAAGAAAAUAACAAUUACACAAGCAAAGGGAAGGCUGAAAAUGAUUUAUUAUGAUGUUUACAAGAUGACCAACAUUAUUAAUUUAAUUAUGCAUUAAAAAAUGAACAGUGGAACAGACAGGCAAAGCCGUCUUUUACACAUGGGUGGCAAUGUACACAUUUUCCUACACAUCAGUCUCUUUUGUGUGUGCGUGCAUGUUUGACUUUAAUUUAUUCUAUUCUGUUUGUUACUUUUUGUGUGUGAAAAAACAAUA